CGUGGCUUCCAAACUGUGUAUGGGUUUACGUGAAAAAAAGGGAGUGGAAGUUAAUUGAGAGAUAGGUGAAACGAUAGUGUCGGAGUUUUGAUCAAACACAGGUAUUGUCCAACAGCUGAGCACAGGAGUACUAAACACCUGUUGGACGAAGAACCUUAGACAUGGUUAGUUUCAGGUUGUGACCUGCUGUGACUUGUCCUUAUCUUUGAAGCUCCAGCUCACAGAUCAGGUUUCUUGUUUUGGUGGCACCAUGAGUUGGAACUUCUUGACUCGCUUGCUUGACGAGAUCUCCAACCAUUCCACUUUUGUGGGAAAGAUCUGGCUCACACUCCUCAUUAUCUUCCGAAUAGUUCUGACAGUGGUGGGGGGCGAGAAAAUCUAUCAAGAUGAACAGGGCAAGUUCAUAUGCAAUACUGCACAACCCGGUUGUAAUAAUGUAUGCUAUGAUGCAUUUGCCCCUCUAUCACACGUUCGAUUCUGGGUUUUUCAAAUCAUUUUGAUUUCCACACCAUCCAUUAUGUACCUCGGCUUUGCCAUGCACAAAAUUGCUCGAAUGGCUGAUGACGAAUACCGACCACGUAAGCGAAAACUGCUGUCUAUGGUUCAUCGAGGACUGAGUCGUGACUAUGACGAGGCUGACGAAAUGGAUGAUGAAGUUCCCAUGAUCUUGGAGGAGCCCUCUGAAAAGGAUAGUAAAGUGGUAGCUGCAGCCAAGUCUGCCCCUACGUCCAGUGCUACGUCUACGAAGCAUGACGGCCGUCGUCGCAUCAAAAGAGAUGGUCUCAUGAAGGUGUAUGUGCUGCAGUUGAUCUCUCGUGUUGCGUUUGAAAUAGCCUUCCUUUUUGGCCAGUAUAUUUUGUAUGGUUUUGAAGUUGCGCCAUCCUACAUUUGCACUCGAAGCCCAUGUCCAUACACCGUGGACUGCUUUGUCUCACGUCCCACUGAAAAGACCAUCUUCCUGCUCAUCAUGUAUGUUGUCAGUAUACUCUGCCUGGUGCUGACUGUGCUGGAAAUCCUUCAUUUGGGAAUUGGUGGUGUGAGGGACAGUCUCCGUAGUCGCGCGGCUCGGAGGAUUCCCAUACACAGGCCAUCCACAUCCACUAUCUGUCACCGCCUUAGUGCACCCCCGGGAUAUCAGGCCGUCCUGAAAAAGCACUCCACUGGCAAACUUAAGGCACAGUCUGGACGGGAGUCAUUGGGUGAUGGCUACAAUGGUCGGGAUAUAGAGCGUCUACGGAGACACCUGAAAAUGGCACAGCAACAUCUGGACCAGGCCUACCACUCUGAGGAUGUAAGGGCUCCACAUAGUAGCGGUCCAGACUCUACCAGCACUGCCAUUGAGCAAAACCGACUCAACCUAGCUCAGGAAGGCUAUGUCAGCUCUAAGGAAAAAGAGGGUCAUGCUUGAAGAGACUAAUGGCUUUUCAUCAAACAAACCAACUCCAGGCUGAGAUGCAAAUUUUGGUGGGCAGUCGUUGACAAGAUUUUGUGUGUUUUUCCUGUUCAUCUGGCAUUGAAUAGAUAAACUCAAAGCUGAGAAACAAAUAAUGGAGACCAAUUAUUGACAAACUUUUGUGUGUUCCUCUAAAUGCAUAUCAGAAGAAGUGUUACUUACAGCAUUAAAACCAUAGCUGCCAAAUGUAAAGACUAGACAAACACCAGCUCUUAAAAUACACACUACUGUACCUUUAUCAAGCAAUUAUAUGUGCACAUAUUAAAACAACAGCAUGAGCACAAAGACACAUUCCCUGUGUUGUUGAAGAUGUAAGUAUUGUUUAUUAUUAUCCAGUAUUUAUUGUUUAGCCAAAAAUCACAGGUUGAGUAGGUUUAGGGAAGACCUUUUUCAAAUAGAAAUAAGGGCACAGUAAUGGUUGUCUGUUUUUCUUGGUGAAAUUCAUUUUGAGGAUUUGACAUUUAGAACUUUAUAAAUAAAAUCAUUGCAAUACAAAUGAAUCUGACCAGAAUUUGAAAAAAAGAAAAGAAAAUGAAAAAAAAAAGAACCUGGAAAUUGCUUGAAUUGUUUAUUAAAAGCUUUAAUGAUCUUUAUUACUGUAAGAUAAUAAUAAAAAUAGAUGAAAAAAUAAAUAAAAUCAUCUAUACAACAUGCAAUUGCAUUACUUUUAUUACAAGAGAUAUUUUUGGUGUACUUGAGAUUUAUGGCGAGAUUUUACAAUGACAUUAUAUAGAUGCUCACUGUUUGUGUCUUUGGUAAAGUAUUUGGCACAUCUUAGGAAAUGAGUAGUACUUUGAAAAAUAUGUUUGAAAUGUAGACUCUUAUGCGAUGAAGGCUCAUUACUAUUGUUUGAUAAAUUAUUUUUUGUUUUCCCUGAUUUGUAUGUCACUUACAUACAACCAUACAUACAACCAUCUUUUAAAUGUUAUGUAAAUGACUCCAGUUGUGCCAGUGGCUUAUAGGAAUACCUGUUAAUACCUGUAUUUAAUGGAUUUAACAGUGGCUACCAUGUUUAUAUUAGACGUAACAAUCCAAAUGGUUAUGACAUACAACAUUGGUUAAUGCCCCUUUAAAAAUAAAGGUGUCAUUUGUUUCUUGCCUUCA